ACAAAAUAUCAGGUGAUUCUUGUGCAUGCGCUGUGCUUUGUGUAUCUAGUGAUCACGCACAGUUUGCCGGUUGUUUCCUUUAUAUUUAGGCGGCUGCAACUGGUCGAUAUUUCUCUCCUCUGCACUCGCAAAAUUGCAGCAGUCCAAAACCGGCAAGGGUGGGCAAGUACCUGAAGUAAGAGUGGUCCUACUUUUCUCUCGGUAGAAACUUGUCAGAAACCAAGGCAACCAUGGGCGAAGAAGGCAUCAUCGGAACCAUGAGAUUAAGCGAGUUCUGGGACUACGUACCGGGCAAUCCGCUCAAGCCGCCCGUCGAGAUGGCCUGGACGUACAUGACGGACAACUACACCCGCUUCCAGAUCGCUACCUUGGGCUCGGUUUUGGUGCACAUGCUGUCUUACUACCUGAUCAGCACACCCUCAAUACUCUGUCAGUUUUUGCCAUUCAUGCAAAGGUUCAAGAUUCAAAAUGACAAACCGGAGACUGCUAAGAACCAGUGGAAAUGCGUGAAGUUGCUGCUGAUGAGUCAGUUGUUCAUCCAGCUGCCCAUCAUCUGUGCCUCCUACCUCUACUGCGAGAUGUUCAGCAUUCCCUUUGAGUGGGAUAAGAUGCCAGCCUGGUAUGUGUUGCUUGCCCAGUUCUACGCCUGCCUCGUCAUUGAGGACACCUGGCAUUACUUCCUCCACCGAGCCCUGCACGACAAGAGAAUCUACAAAUACAUCCACAAGGUCCACCACAAUUUCCAGGCUCCCUUCGGAAUGGUGGCUGAAUACGCUCAUCCUGCGGAGACAAUGAUUCUGGGCAUGGGAACCAUGUGGGGCAUCCUGCUGAUGGGGAACCACCUGGCCUUCCUGUGGGGUUGGAUGGUAGUCCGUCUCCUGGAAACCAUUGAUGUUCACAGUGGCUACGACAUUCCCAUGAGCCCCCUGCAUCUGCUGCCAUUCUAUGGAGGUGCCCGAUUCCACGAUUUCCACCACAUGAACUUCAACGGCAAUUAUUCCUCCACUUUCACCUGGUGGGACAAGAUCUUUGGCACUGACCGGCAGUACAAGGACUACAUCAAGGAAAAGACAGACAAGAAGGACUAAACGCAAUCUCCUAACGCAA